UCAAGAUGGCGCAGGCUAUAUUUGAAGCCCUAGAAGGGUUGGACAAUCAGACGGUCCUGGCUGUUCAAUCCCUAUUGGACGGACAGGGUGGAGUCACAGACCCAGCCAAUCAGAAUGUCUCGGCCACUUCUGCCAUUCAGCCAAUGGACGAUGAGGAUGUGUUCCUGUGUGGGAAGUGCAAGAAGCAGUUCAACUCGCUGCCAGCCUUCAUGACCCACAAGCGGGAGCAGUGCCAGGCCAACACACCCUCCCUGGCCACCAGCAAUGUGUACACCUCCGUCCCCUCCAUCAGCUCUGUGCAGCAGAACCCUUCCUCCAGCAGUCAGCAAGUGUCCACCUACAUCACAGUGCCCCAGUCGCCUCUCGCUCACACGCAGGUCCAGGGGAAUGUGCUAGUCAGCGAUGAUGCGUUUAUGUCAGCCAUCUCUGCCUUCUCCUCGAUGGACCAGCCCAUGACUGCCAUGCAACCACCUGUUCAGAGUAACCUGAGCAUGCACACAGGCUCAUCUUACCUGCAGCACGGCCCACCCCAUAGCCAGCCUCUGUCACUCUCCUCGCAGUCCGGCAACGCUGUGGUCCAGAUCUACAGCACACUGUCCCCCAUGGCAGGGAAUGGAACAGCAGAGGUCCAGACCCUGGGUCUUCAGCAGUUCCAGCAGUUACAGGUCCCCAGUCAGUGUGUGCAGAGCAUUGCCUUCAACACACCUCCGGUCUACAGUCCAGGGAAGCAAGGCUUCAAGACCAGAACCAGCAGCUUCUCCACAGGCUUGAGCAACAGCAACCCUGGAGAGCUGCCAGACUUUGAUCAGGCUGCCAAGCCUCGGCCCUCAAAGAAUAAUGUGGAUGGACAGGAAGGUGUCCCAGUAAAAUGGAAGGCUCAGAAGCUAAAGUGCAAUUUCUGCGACAAAACAUUCACCAAGAACUUCGAUUUACAACAGCACAUUCGGAGCCACACAGGGGAGAAGCCGUUUCAGUGCAUCGUGUGUGGCCGUGCCUUCGCUCAGAAAUCCAACGUGAAGAAGCACAUGCAGACCCACAAGGUGUGGCCCUCGGGCAUGGGCACCACUGUCUCCCGGCUGCCCAUCACUGUCAGGGUGGUGCCGGUGACCGGCAGCGAGGAGAGAGAGCAGCUGACAGAGAAGGAGAACACAGGUGAGUGUGAAGAAACAGACAGCAAUGCCCCUGUGGAGGCAGACUGCCAGGAUGGCAAGUUCAACCCUGCAGGGAAAGCGGAGAACAAGAGGGUCGUCCUCAUAGACAGCUCCUACCAGUGUCAGUUCUGUGCCAGCAAGUUCAACACCUACUUUCAGCUCAAAUCACACAUGACCCAACACAAGGACGAGCAGGUGUACAAGUGUGUGGCGAAGCCCUGCUCUCAGACCUUCCAGAAGCUGGAGCUCUUCCUGGAGCAUAUCCAGAGCCACCAGGAGCAGCUGACGUACCGCUGCCACCUGUGCUGUAAGGUCUUCACCUCGCUGUUCGAGCUGGGCGUGCACCAGUACUCCCAUAACUACUUUCCGCAGCAGAGCCCUCGCAAGGAGCCCACCUUCUACAGGUGCUUGAAGUGCCAGAGCAAAUAUUCAACACAGGAGGCGCUGGACCAGCAUCUUCAAACAGCUUCUCACAACUUCCCCUGUCCCCACUGCCAGAAGGUGUUCCCGUGUGAAAGGUACUUUCGCCGCCAUCUCCCUACGCACGGGGUGGGCGGAAAGUUCAAAUGCCAGAUCUGCAAGAAGUUCUUCAAGACGGAGCACUACCUCAAACUGCAUACCCGCAUUCACUCCGGAGAAAAGCCUUAUAAAUGCAGCGUAUGCGAUGCCCCAUUCAACCGCAAGGACAAAGUGAAGAGGCACAUGCUGAUCCACGAGCCCUUUAAAAAAUACAAAUGCCCAUUCAGAACGCAUGUAGGCUGCACUAAAGAGUUCAACAGACCAGACAAGCUGAAGGCACAUAUACUCUCCCACUCCGGCAUCAAGCCCUACAAGUGCCAAUAUUGCCAGAAGGCAUUCAGCCGCAGGGCCCACAUGCUGGAGCACCAGCGAUCGCACACAGACAACUACAAGUUCCGCUGCCCUGCCUGCAACAAAGGCUUCACCCGGCAGAAAUACUUCCGGGACCACAAGUGCCCCCAGGCGGGCAGGCCAGAGAAGCAGGGGUCAGACAAAGGCAGAGCCAAAAAGAAGCAGCCCCGCUCCAGGAAGGUUGGAGGAAAUGCCCAGACUGGUGAGGAGGCAGGGCUGUCCCAGGCUGUGAUUGGACAGGACGGGAAGGUGACGGGUCCGGAACUGGGAGAGGAGGAGGAGGGGAUGCUGGCGCCCCAGACUGUGCUGUCGAUAGUCGUGGGAGAUGAGGGGGUGGAUGAUGACACGGAAGAGCAUGACAUUCCAGACGGUUCGGAAGAUAUGGGGAGCAAUGAAGACCUGACUGAACUUCAGACCAGUCCAGAUGUCGCCAUGAUGGCGGUGCCUGUGUAUAUACAGACUGUAGACUGAGUGGGGGGCUGGGAACUGAUACUGGACUCUCUAAUGUUACCUUAGGUAAGGUAAUCCAAGAUUAAUUGAGAUCUGUAAAAACUAGACCAUUACAUCAUAAAACUAACCAUCCUGUUCACUUGCAUUCUGCAUUCCACAGACUAAUUGAGUACAAUCUAACAUACCCAUUUCCAAGGAGGUUUGUGUGCAUCAUGCAGGCAGGUUGGUAGAUCCAAGUUAUCCUCAGUGAGGAUUGCAAUCUGCAGCGUCCUGGCUUAGAGAGUUGAGAGGGCUAACCACUUAGCCAAGACACCUCUCAUCAGGUUUAAAAUAAUGAAAAGCUUGGGUGUGGUUCUGCUAGAGACACUGGUAAAUCCUGCCAGCAAAAGCUGCACUGGGGACUUGUAAAUGCAAACAGUAUUCAGGGUGUUUUAUAUUAAAACGUUUUAGAGUCAAAAGUGUACAAAAAAUAAAACAGACGCACGCCGCAAUCAUACCUUUUUCUACAGCUUUUAUCUGCAUUAUUUAUUACAUUCUUCGGCUCAUUUUCCAUAUUUCACAUUUUUUUAGUUUUAUUUUGUUGCAGCAGUUAAAUGGGUUAUUGCUGCUACUGAUAACAGAAUGUGGUUCCGAUGUGAUUAUAUUGAGUUGCACUUAUCAUGACAUGAUUGAUAUUUAUUUGCAAAUCAUUUACAUUAUAAAAACAAACAAAAAAAAAACCCUGAAAUUAAAAUAAAUGGGAAUUUGUUUAAUCUACUGUCUCAUGUCACAUUUCAACUGACUGCCUAGUAAGAAAUACAAAAUAAACUACAACACAUUUUCUAUGUCUUCAAUUGAUUUAGAUGAUUAUUUUAAAUGGCAUGGAUACAUGUGAACGCUAGCAUUAACGGGCAGACAUAUCCUUUAAGUGGUGGUCCUGAAUAUUGUUACAUUCUAAAUUGGCAUAAGACAGAAGCCCGGAAAUACAUAGCAGAUUUUAGGUCCAAGGUUGUCUUGGGAUGAGAACAAUGGCACGUAAGAGCUACAUGUUAUGUAAGGAAUAACGUAUACCAAACUAUACAAUAAGGUUGUAACCCAUCACUGACUUCAGGGGUUAAUUAAACUACAAGAGCGCUAGUUUAUGUGAUGUAACAAUGUUACCAGGAACUGGAGACAGAAGUCUUAGGAUUUUUUAAAAUCUAUUUACGCAGUAGUUAAUAAAAGUAAAUACAGUAGUAUUUACAGUAGUAGAUCAUUUUUGACAGGGAGAAGAGCAUAAUGCAUCUCUUUUACUGUACACUGAAAUAUGACAAACAUAUCCACUUAACUGGCAGCUUAUGGGCUGGGUUUGAGAUAUAGAAAACAGCACUAUUCAAAAGAUGUUGCAGAGUCACAUUUCAGUUCCCACCCUGUUGUCGGCUCAUAUGAACUCUUUGAGAUCCUUUUCCUGUGGGACUCCUGUCUGGAAAAAAAACACCGUCUUCAGGCAGAACAGGUACUUUGUAGCUGUGGGAUGAGGUUUUAAACACAUUAGAAAAAAUGAUUAACAGAGUUUAUAUCCAUCGCUGUUCAGAACAACUGUAUAGAGCUUUUGGUUUUUAACAAACAACUAUUUCAGUAAAAGGAUCUUACCGGCGUGACUCCAUAGCCAUGACACUCCGUGUCCCCUGGAGUAGCCAGGAAAAGGAAAUGCUGUCCCUGCCAAGGCAGCCAGGCUCUGUUUGACAAUGUAGAGCAGUGGCACUAAACUCUGGCCCUUGAGAUCCAAUCCAGGUUUUUACUCAAAGCAGGCGCCAAAGUAGUUAAUUGAAGCUGUUAAGAGGCAAUUAACUAAUUUAGGGCCUAGUUGGAAUAAAGACCAGGACUGGAUUAGAUCUCAAGGGCAAGUUGAGCACCACUGAUGUAGAGCAUCUGUGAAAUUCCUGGCAAGCACCAUGGCAGGGUUCAGGUACGCCUCACAGACGUAGCCAAACAAUGGCUUAGGAAGGCGCUGCUGAACCCGAUACAGUGCUACGUGGGUGGUGGGAACUGAUGUUCCACCCAAGGGAACAAGACCCCAAACUGAUAAAAAUAAUCCGAUAUGCUGCCAAAAACUCGCCAGAGGUGAGGAACUCCCUUCUCCAUACACCUCUACAUGCUGUAAUUUUCAUAAAAAAUAAACAAAGUGUCUUAAAAUCACAGUAACAAUGUAAUAUACACUGUAUAUUUUAAAUUAUAUCCUUCAAUGAUGUGGUCCCAUAUUAAAUUAUAAAAUCUGCUCUUUGUUGAACAUCGGUAGAGUAAAUACAGCUGUAAAAUGUGUCAAAUUAUUUUGUUGCAUUGUAACUUUACAUAAGGAAAUACAAAAACUCAGUGCACUGAAUAAAUAAGUGUGUCCUAGAUAAACACUAAAACUUCCCUAUUGUUUCUAGUGGCAUGGAUAUGCGGAAUUUAGUUCAGUUUAGUACUUUUUAUAGAAACAGAUAUUUUAUAGGCCAUUUAGCUUGGGAUUUUUUUAAAUUGUUUUUAAGGUCAUUUUAUCUUUUAGUUAUUAGUAAUUUUUGU